AUUUCUUUUGAGCAUAGAUGUCAUAUAUGGAUUAAGGUUGAUUAAAAUGAUCCUUUAAACUUCCCGUGUUCGUUUUAUAACUGAGAAGUGCGCAGCCUUGUACUAACCAUUACGCCAACUUCAAUAUGGAAAAACAAAAUCCGAGCUCACUCCACUUACACUAGACAUUUGCAAUGGAUAUCAUCUCAGUUGUUGAUCCGCCUCCGGCUGCUUCUACUUCUAACUCAUUGCCUGAGAAUGUAAUGUAUAAAAAUCGAUUGCAAGAGUACGCACAAAGAGCAUGCCUGCCGCUACCGGUUUACAAAACGGUUAAUGAAGGGCAUCCACACCUCCCCAACUUUAGGUCCACGGUUUUAGUGGAUGGAAAAGAAUUCUCUUCCCAGAAUGCAUUUUUACAUCGAAAGGAAGCUGAACAAGAUGUAGCAAGACUUGCAUUAGACUCCAUAAAAGAGAAGAUAGUCGAUGAAGGAUCUUCCUUUGUUAGUGAGGACACAACAUUUUGCAAGUCUAUAUUAAAUGAGUAUGCAGCCAAGAUGCGACUUGAAAAGCCUACAUAUAAAACUGUUAAGCAGGAAGCGGUUCUUCCCUAUUUUGUUUCUUCCUUGGUUUUCAAUGGUGUAACAUAUACCGGUAACGCUGGUAGGAACAAGAAAGAGGCUGAACAGCUGACAGCCCGUACUGCUAUUAUGUCCCUUUUAGGAAAUGCGGAGUCAAGUAAAACUAUUUCCAAUUAUGUCAAGUCAAAACGAAACUUAUAUGCUGCACUGCGUAAAUUAAACCCGCAGGAUGUUCAACAUAGCAAUGUGCCUAUGACUGGUAACAAUACAGUAACUGAAGCUAUUUUGGCGAACGACGCAAUGCCAAUAGGUACAGUUCAGGAGGUAUCUUCUGUGAUGCAUACUCCAACAGGUGCAGUUCAUGAGGCAGCUUCUGUGAUGCAUACUCAAACAGGUGCAGUUCACGAGGCAUCUUCUGUGAUGCAUACUCCCCGCCAUAUAUUCACCAAACCAAAUUCAGAAGUCUCUGAUGCAGUUGAACUUCCAAUGACAUUUGUGCAUCCAUCAGUAGAACAAUCUAUGGCUGCUAAUCCUAUCUCUAAGAAAAGGAAGAGAAAGAAUAAGAAGAAGGCAAACAAAAGAAUGCAAAUUGAAUCCCAGUAAGUUUUAAUUCCAUGUGCAUUUUAUUAGUUUCCGGCGUCUAGUUUUCUUUCCUUUAGAUAGUAAUACUUGUAAUCCUUUUUAAUUUUUAUGAAUUAGUGUAAUCUUUCUUUUGUGAAUUUGGUUGCGUUCCUUGGUGAAUUUAUUUAUGAACCUCUUUUCUUUGUGCUUGGUAGCAUGUCAA